UCAUGAUUCGUUUCUGGCAGAAGAAACAGGAUAAUUCAAAUGCGGUUGGAAACUCAAAAGCCUCUGGUGAUGAGCUCACUUGCAGUGUAUGCUUGGAGCAAGUUAAUGUUGGAGAUGUACUUCGUAGCUUGCCCUUCCUGCAUCAGUUUCACGCUAGCUGCAUUGAUCCCUGGUUGCGGCAACAAGGGACUUGCCCUGUCUGCAAAUUUCGAGCAGGAUCUGGGUGGAAUGACAGUGGACAUAAUGAUAUUGCGGACAUGGUUUGAGUACCUCGUCUAAUUUUUAAUUAUGAUUGAAACUCACUCGUAAUGUAUCAAAGUUUGUUGCUUAUGACAUGUAUUCUUGUAAUUACCCCGACGUAGGGAUUUGAGGAGUAGUUGAAUUCUGUCUAACAACUAUAGAUGUUAUGUAAAACCAAACAUCAAGUACA